UUGUUAUUUAUCGUUUUGUUUACUUUUGAGUUUUGGCUUUCUUCGUUGGCGCUUCUCUCUAGCUAUUUUGCACAACCUGGAUGAGAAUCUAAUCUUUUAUGCCACCCCACUUUGCUCAGCUAAGCUAAAGCUUCAUUCAUUUUUAUUUUUAAUUUUUUUUCUAUAUCUCAUGCAUUCCUUGUGAGAUGGGUAGGUUUCACUUUCAGUUUCACUUGUAGUAAAGCUUUGUACUUGAAAAACUUGCACAACCCCAGAGAAAAAAAGAUAUAUAUAUAUAUAUAUAUUUUUUUUUUUGGGGUGUGUCAAAGAGAUUUUGAGUUUCACAUUUCCUUUUAGAGUUAGCUAGUUGUUGAAAUACCUUGGAGUGUGUGUCUUCUUAUUCUUCUUUUUAUUUGAUUUGGUUUGUUUACUUUAGACUUUCAUGUGGGUAUCCCAAAAAGCUUAUUGGUUUCCGUGACGGUUGUCUCUGAUUUACUAGUCAUUGUACAGUGAUAAUGCAACUUUUUCUGUUUAAAGUUUGUUUUUUUAUCUGAACUUUGUGGCAUCUGAUUGAGAAAAAUUUUCAUGUGGAUUUAAAAAGAGAAAAAAGAAAAAGAAAAAGAAACAUCUUGUGGGCUUGAUCUACAGGGGUGUGGUGGUGAAGGUUGGUGAAAGUUAGGAUUUUUGUGUUGGUGGGUUGUGGAUUGAAAUAUGAAACAGAAGGGUGUUAAGGAAAAGGGUUCCUCAGAUGUGAGUGGGAAAGUGGUGGUGGUUGCUGUUAAAGCAUCAAAGGAAAUUCCAAAGACAGCUUUGGUGUGGGCUUUGACACAUGUUGUUCAACCUGGUGAUUGCAUAAGGCUGUUGGUGGUCAUUCCCGCUCACUCCUCAAGUAAAAGGAUAUGGGGCUUUUCAAGAUUCACCAGUGAUUGCACCACUGGUCACUGGUGGUCUCUCUCAGGAACGAGUUCUGACAAGAGGGAUGAUAUUGCAGAUUCUUGCUCUCAAAUGGUGCUUCAACUCCAUGAUGUUUAUGACCCAGAAAAAAUAAAGGUCAGGAUAAAGAUUGUCUGUGGCUCACGUUGUGGAGUGGUAGCUGCUGAAGCCAAGAAAGCUGGAUCAAACUGGGUUAUAUUGGAUAAACAAUUGAAAACUGAAAAGAAAUUCUGCAUGGAAGAGCUGCAAUGCAAUCUUGUUGUUAUGAAGAAAUCUCAAGCAAAGGUUCUUCGUUUAAAUUUGGUAAAUUCACCAAAUACAGAAUCUGAAGUGGGUUAUGCAACAUUUGAAAUAGAAACAUCUCCAGGACAACAUAAAAGCAAGUUUGAAAAAUGGAAUAUGAUUAGAGGGCCAGCUGUGACUCCUGUAAGUAGUCCAGACCAUGAGUCACCAUUGACUAUAACUGAUGUUGGAACCUCAUCUAUAUCUAGCUCAGAUCCAGGAACUUCGCCGUUUUUACUGUCUGGAAUUUCUGGGAUCCUAAAGAAAGACCUUCAAUUUACCACAAAGGAAAAUGAAAAUCUGGACGAAUGUGAUUCUGACACAGACAGUGAAAGGCUGAGUUCUUGUUCCACAAGUUCAUAUUUCCAGCCAUGGAUGUCAAACAUUCUCAGUUCUAGUAGUGAAUAUUCAAAACCUAUGCUGGAAGGUUCACAAAGACAUGAUAGGAAGGCUCUAACUUCCGCAUAUGAAGUCUUGCUGGAGAAAUUGUCUAAAUUAGAUCAAGAUCCUCAUAUUGGAUUGUUAAAUUAUAGACUUGAUCUGGACUUAAGCAAAAGUGUAAGAGAAGCAAUUUCAUUAUCGAGAAAUUUACCUCUUGGCCCUCCUCCAUUGUGUUCCAUAUGUCAGCACAAGGGACCUACAUUUGGAAAUCCUCCCCGGUGGUUCACUUUUGCUGAACUGGAGUUUGCUACAGGUGGAUUUUCACAGGCUAAUUUCUUGGCUGAAGGUGGAUUUGGUUCUGUACACCGAGGUGUCUUACCAGAUGGCCAGGUUAUUGCUGUCAAGCAACACAAAUUGGCUAGUUCUCAAGGUGAUCUUGAAUUUUGCUCUGAAGUUGAGGUCUUAAGUUGUGCACAGCAUCGUAAUGUUGUGAUGCUAAUUGGGUUCUGUGUGGAGGACGGAAGAAGAUUGCUGGUUUAUGAAUACAUUUGCAAUGGGUCUUUGGAUUCUCAUCUUUAUGGACGAAAUCAAGAUCCGCUAGAAUGGUCUGCACGGCAAAAAAUUGCCAUUGGAGCAGCUCGUGGGUUGAGAUACCUUCAUGAAGAAUGUAGAGUUGGUUGUAUUGUCCACCGAGAUAUGCGGCCUAACAACAUCCUUCUCACGCAUGAUUUUGAACCAUUAGUGGGAGAUUUUGGACUGGCAAGGUGGCAGCCAGAUGGAGACAUGGGGGUGGACACAAGAGUAAUCGGAACAUUUGGGUACUUGGCUCCAGAAUAUGCUCAAAGUGGCCUAAUCACGGAAAAAGCUGAUGUGUAUUCCUUUGGGGUAGUACUGGUGGAGCUCGUUACAGGGAGGAAAGCUAUGGACAUAAACCGGCCCAAAGGCCAGCAGUGUCUCACUGAAUGGGCACGGCCUUUGUUAGAAAAACAAGUUAUUCAAGAACUGAUUGACCCAUGCUUAAGGAGCUGCUACUCAGAGCAUGAGGUUUGUCGCAUGCUGCAGUGUGCCUCAUUGUGCAUCCGGCGCGACCCUCAUUCAAGACCUCGCAUGUCUCAGGUGCUUCGCAUGCUGGAGGGUGACAUUGUAAUGGUGAAGGGCAGCAGCACAAGCUAGAGAGUGUGAAGGGAGCAGGGAGGCCUUGUGGAAGGACCACUUGUAAACAGUCCGCGUGAUAGGAGUACUUCAAUUGCCUUUGCCUUUUUUCCUUUUGGUUAAUUGAACAGAAUACGGUAGAGAUGUUGGCUGUAUAGUUCUAAGAAUACGACCAAAUGUAAAUGAUGUCCGUUUUUGUUAGAGAUUGAGAGUUCAUCAAAUUCCCUUGUGCACAUUCAAUUUUUGGUUAGUGAGGAUAUGUAUUUUACUCUCUCAAA